AGUCUUAUUUCCGUCUUCCUCCCCAAUCUUUACUUGAUUUUGGCAGCUAUUACCAAUCUCCUUGCACAUAUUCAAUUCUCUUAUUUCAGUUUAUACUUUCAAAGAUUUUCAAAAUUUUAAAAGGGCAAAAUGUAAAACCCAAAAAAUAAAUAAAUAAAUAAAUAAAACUCGUAAAAAAAAAAAAAACUGCGUAUUUUACGGCUAUGCCCAGGCCCAAAGAUUCUCGUUUGGUUGGGUUCUAAUUUCCUUCUAGUUUUCGGCCCAGGCAUUUUCAAGUAUAGCCUCAAGUAGCUACAACUUACAAGCCCAGCUAAUAGCUGACUCUUUCACGCUUCUACUUCCCCAGCCUCUAGAAUCAAGCGACAAUGCCGCCCGUAGCCUUCCAACGCCUGCUCGCCGCCGCCCUAGGGAAAGGCCAGAGGAACCUCCUCCCCCCGAGACUGUGGGCGUUCUCCUCUUCUGAAUUAUUCUUCUGCUUCACCCACCCGGCAUUGAAUUGUACCCACUUCUCCACCGUACCGGAACCCCCAAAUACUACCCCCUCUUCCGUUCCAUCCUUCAACCGGACGCGAACCCGAACGCCUCUUGAAACCCAAUUCGAAUCAUGGAUUCAAAAGCUGAAACCCGGGUUUACCGCUGCUGACGUCGACGCGGCAUUGCGGGCUCAGUCGGACGCUGAUCUCGCCAUCGAUAUCUUCCGGUGGACGGCCUUGCAGCGGGGUUACAGGCACACGGAUGGGACCUACCUCACCAUGAUAAAAAUCCUCAUUUCCGGCAAGCGCUACCGCCACGCUGAAACCCUAGUCGAAGAGGUCGUUGCCGGCGCCUGCCCGGCCAGCAUUCCCCUCUAUAAUGCCAUCAUUAGAUUCUGUUGUGGUCGUAAGUUCCUCUUUAAUCGCGCUUUUGAUGUUUACAAGAAAAUGCUUAGAUCAGAUGAUUGCAAGCCCACCCUUGAGACGUACACUCUGCUCCUUAAUUCUUUGCUCAGGAGAUUCAAUAACCUGAAUGUUGCUUAUGUGUAUUUGCAUGCGGUCCGGUCCAUGACAAAACAGAUGAAAGCUUUAGGAGUUAUACCGGAUACUUUUGUGUUGAACAUGAUAAUUAAGGCUUAUUCAAAGUGUCUUGAUGUUGAUGAGGCAAUUAGAGUUUUUCGUGAGAUGGGGUUGUACGGAUGUGUACCAAAUGGCUAUACAUACAGUUAUAUAAUCAAGGGUUUGUGUGAGAAGGGGAGGGCUGGACUGGGUUUAGGCUUUUAUAAGGAAAUGAGGGAUAGAUUGUUGGUGCCAAGAGGGAGUGCAUACAUGGUGUUGAUUUGUAGUCUUGCAAUUGAGAGGAAGGUAGACGAUGCAGUUGAGAUCAUUUCUGAUAUGUUGAGGAAUUCCAUGGCUCCAGAUGUGUUGACAUAUAAGACUGUGUUGGAAGAGUUGUGUAGGGGAGGGAGGAGUCAUGAUGCUUUUGAAUUGUUGGAGGAGUGGAGGAAAAAGGAUGCCUGGAUGGGGGAAAAGAACUACAGGACUUUGUUGAACACAUUGCGUUUUAUAGAUCAAGAAUGAUCUUAUCUUCGUACUAUGUUCUUUGGUAUUGUUCAAAGAACUACGUGUAUAUGCUCAAUACAGCCCCAAACUGAAGUACUAGAUAUUAAUCUGAUGUUAGGACCUCUAGCUGCAGCUUGAUUUGUUAACAGAUUGGAUUUGUGACCCAUUCAGUGUUCAUUUAAGUGAAUUCAAAUUUUAUUUGUUGUCUUCUAGCAUGGGAAUCUGAACAAGUAGAAAAUGAGAGAAGGAAGAUGUUUCUCUUUCUCCAAAUGAUAUGGAUGCUAUGCAAAUGAAAAUUGACUUAUUAUGCACUUAUAUGCUGUAGAAGUAAAGGCUACUGUAGUAUACUAUUUUUCUAGGACAAGGACCUGCAUUACAUCUCUGGAGCAAUUUGAAUGGUGAAAUCUGUGUGCUUUAGCACUGGUUUUUUCUAUAACCAAGAUUCUGAGUUUCUACUAGCAGAGAGCUGAACACUUGGAAAGUUUCUCAAACUGAUGUUUGGGAGUUUGGGUAAACACGAGAUGAUUAUGACUAAGACUUGCAUUUUCUUAUCCAUAGAAUAGAAGUGAUGAUUGGAAAGUUUCCAUUUGGUACAUUGUUAUAACUUUCAGUUGAUGUUGAUAUUUUUGGGUAUCAUAUUCCGUGGUCAGUCAUAUCUGUUGGAGAGACGUUAUGGCUGAUAUAAAAAAUGCUACAACUGGCUGUUAUAUCCUGUUAUUGCCUUUCGUUGCAUGCAUGAUCAUACCUCCAAUCAUUGCGGCAUGUUAAAGUUUGGGGUGUGUAUGAUGAGUUUUGCUUGUACAAUCAACAAUGGAAUGUUCCGCGUGAGGAAGGAGAGAAUACUUGCCAUAUACCUUGUAUGAGUUUAGAGUGAAUGAAAUAAGAGAGGGUUGUCGGAUGAAUGGUUCAAAAAAGUUACUAAUAAAGUUUUGUACAGCUA